AUGUUACUGAUGGAUGUGGGCCAGGAACCCUCGCCCCCAGGGUUAAGGCGAUUUGCCUACCUGAGCGAGGUUAAAAACACGGCUGGUCACCCUGUCCCAACCCUCCCCACCUCCACCUAUGAGAUGAGUGAUGCCCAAGACCCCACCACUGUGAAGCUGGGGGGCUGCAGCCAGCCAGGUGGGGGCCAUGGCUUUCUCCAUUUUCGCCAGCACCAAGAGCUCCAGGCAUUCCUCAACCUUCUGGAGGACACUUUUGUCCAGGAAUUCCUCUCCAAAGACCCCUGUUUCCGGAUUUCAGAUAAGUAUCUCCUGGCCAUGGUGCUGGUCUACUUCCAGCGUGCCAACCUGAAACUUAGCGAGUACAGCCACAGCAACCUGUUCCUGGCACUGUACCUUGCAAACGACAUGGAGGAGGAUCUGGAGGAGGCCAAAUGCGAGAUCUUUCCAUGGGCCCUGGGGAAAGAUUGGUGUUUACGGGUGGGGAGGUUUCUGCACCAGAGGGACCUGCUGUGGGCACGCAUGGGCUUCCGAGCCGUCGUGAGUCGCCAGUGCUGUGAAGAGGUCAUGGCAAAGGAACCCUUCCACUGGGCCUGGGCCCGGGAGCGGCGCGCCCACCAUGGCGGGGUUCAGAGAGGCUGUCCUCAGGUCUCUGCCCGCCUUCCCCGGGGCCCCGGCCUCUCACCACCCCACUGUUCCCUCUGUGGCUUGUCCCAGCACCCCAGCCACCACCGCCCUAAGCCUGUGCUGUCUGACUGUUCUGUCACCUGGGAGUAUCAUCACCCUGGCUCCCAAAACUGUCUCUCGGAGGCCAAAAGCCCCUGGGGCGGGGACCUCCUCGUCCUCUUGCCCCCCCAGAUGCAGCUGGAGUCAGGCAUCUACCCCUUCCGCAACCUCACCUCCCGCUUCGUGGCUCGCCCCAGCCCCUGCAGCAAAAUCUCCGGGUCCCGCGUGGCCCUGCCGCCCCGCGCGCAGCCUCUGCCGCCCUCUCCUGGGCACGGCGGCCCACGGGCGCUUCCAGGGGGAGGCUCCGCCCUGCCCCACCUGGCCUGGAGGCUGACCCCAGAGCUGCAGCCCCAGGACGACGGGAGCCGGGAAAUGAGGGUGGUGGCCGGCACACCUGGGGAUUGGGGGUUCCCUUUCCUGGACCCACCAGGAGGUGGCCGAGAGCCCUGA